GAACACUAAGAAAUAACGUUUCCAUAGCUUAAUGGGAACAUUAGCGAAACGUCCUUAGAACAUAUUUUUGUUAGCUGGUAAGUCUAUAUAAAACAACAGAUGUCUAUGGUAUGUCCUCAUUUAGAUAGCUAAGUGUGUGUGUGUGUGUGUGUGUGUGUGGGAGAGAGAGAGAGAGAGAGAGGAGGGGGUUCGGAGAGGGUGGGUGAGUGUUGGCUUGGCUGACCGUCUGCGGUUCUGUCGCGGUGCUGAGAAAUGUUCCUUUUGGAUCGGACCGUGAGCUUUCAUACCUCCCUCUCGCUUUCAAACGAACCGUCUCUCUUCACUCUGCCCUCUUGAGUUUUACAGUCAAGAAACGCAACAAAAUGCAUCAAAAGCACUAAACUUCUGGAAGAACCGUAAAGCGUUCUGACUGGUCCCGGUUUACACGAGGUGGGGGAUUUGGGUUUGAACCAGGGGCAGAUUUUUACCCUCUUAAAGUGUUGGGUUAGUUUGGGACCCGGCCUGAGCUUGUUUCCCUGGAGUUGUUAUAGCGGAAGCGCGAUGCGUCCCAUUGGGACCGCUUGUGCGUGCGUGCGCGCGCGCUCCUUUGUUGCACACGGUGACAUUGGCGAGUGUUUUCGCUGUAGUCGGGCGACAUCACACAGAGGCUGAUUAAUCUCGUUUGGAUCCAAUAAGUGUAUGUGUGUGUGUGUGUGUGAGAGAGAGAGAGAGAGAGAGAGAGAGAGAGAGAGAGAGAGAGAGAGAGAGAGAGAGAGAGAGAGAGAGGGGAAAGCAAAAGGAGAGGGAGCGAGAGAGAGAGAGAGAGAGAGAGAGAGAGAGAGAGAGAAGGGGGGCUGGGGGAGGGAGGGUGGAUUGAUCUGAAAUCUUGUUCUGUUUUUUUUUUUUCUUCUUCUUCUUCUUGGAGUGAUUUCUGCGCUCUGCCGUGGAGCUUCAGAAGACAAACGAGCGGAGACGAAACAAGCCGCGUUUACGCACCGCGCGCGCAAAAACGCGUUGUUAGUUUUUGCAUCCAACGUUUUACGUGAAUUUGUGAAUGAAAGCGGCUGAGGAAGAGGAGGCGGCGCAGGUUAAGUGGACGCUGCAUCCAGUGCACGGGUCGCCUUCUUUAAUGCGCAAAAAAAGACGCGUUUUACCUCACCGACCGAAGCCCUUUCGUCGGGCAGACUUUUGCGCUGUUCUGGGGGGAGCUGCAAACUUUCUUCAUUUUAAAAAAUAAAUAAAAAGCUCAGAUUGCAUUCUUUCCCCCUUCAAACAUUUUGGAGGUGAUGUCAUCGGCCCGUGUUUUGGCUGCUGUUGAGCUGGAGCUCCAGAAUUGAGUCCGGGAAAUCAGGUGCAGGGAGCUGCUGUCGCGGGUGGCUGCGAGCGUGUGCCUCUCACCCCUCCGCCUUUCCUUCUGCUUUCACUUUCUCCCCAUCAUCAUUUCCCCGUCUCCCCGGCGCAGCAGCCAUGACCGAGCACGCUCCACGAUACCCGGGGUCCAGCUCGCCGCCGCCGCGUCUUCAUCGCUCCAUCCCCGUCCAGGUGCUUUGCCUCCCGCGGCGCGUCAUUUCGCCCGUGGCGGCUCAGCAUUGACACAGACUCUUACGCGCGCGCAUGCACUCCACGGAAUUAAUCAGUUUUAACCCUUAUCUGUGGAAGGACAUUUUCAGCAGGAAAAGUUACGGUCGGACUUGCUUGGAAAGUUUUUAUGAGCGGAAACGGCGUAUAGGUGUGGGUCGCGUUUGAACUUCGCUUCACCUGUUCGUCAGACUCCCGAGGAUUCAGCUGCGCCCCGCCUUGCCCCGCCCCGCCCCCUGCCCGUUACCGACCGCGGACCGCAGCCAUCCGUAUCGGCGGUGGUGCGCUCACACCCCGCUGACCCCGAGCCGCCCGUUGACGGUGAAAAGAUGCAGUCCACCGGCGCCAGCGGAAACGUCCGCCGACCCUGCCUUCAAACGGAUUAAACAAACCGGACAGACGUGAAGCCGUGACCCGGAGAGCCGUUUCUCAAGCGCGCACGGAGCCACACGGACGCGGAGGAAGCGAUGUGGGCCUUUCUCUCCACGGUGGCUGUCUUGUAUAUCCAGAUUAUGCUGGUCAUGUGUAAUCCUCUACAGGUGUUUGGAGUGGAUGGGGUGAAUUUCAGCGUGCACGUGGAGAAUCAGACUCGUGCACGAGACGCCAUGAGCCGGCGACAUCAUCGCGUGUACCAGCUUUACAGCCGCACUAGUGGGAAACACGUCCAGGUGCUCGGACGCAAAAUCAGCGCCCGCGGAGAGGACGGAGACAAAUAUGCCCAGCUCGUAGUGGAGGCAGACACCUUCGGCAGCCAGGUGCGAAUCCGAGGGAAGGAAACCAAUUAUUACCUGUGUAUGAACCGCAGGGGGAAGCUCGUAGGCAAGGCCAGCAAUCGUAGCGCAGACUGUGUCUUCAUAGAGAAGGUUCUGGAAAACAACUACACAGCGCUAAUGUCAGCACGCUACACAGGGUGGUACGUGGGCUUCACCAAAAGAGGGCGCCCUCGGCGUGGUCCGCACACUCUUCCCAACCAGCAGGAUGUCCACUUCAUGAAGCGUUUCCCGCCCGGAGAGCAGCCGGACUUAACGCCGUUCCGCUUCACCACCGUCAGCAAGAGGAGCAAGAGAGUGCGUGCCGCGCGACCACGUUAAUGCGGACGCCAAUAUCCCACUGCUAACGUUUACAUGAGGACUAGGAAUAAACAAAAAGACAGUCCUACUCCACAGUCCAGUGAAAAUGACACUGCUAAUGCAAAGCGGGACCGUCUUGUCUUGUUUGACCAGAUAAUGCGAUGGCAUCACUUUAUAUUCCACUGGGUUGGACCUCUACAACCCUAAUAAUAAAUACUAGCUAAUUUACACCAGAGCUGUGGUUCAUGACAGCUUACUUCAGACACGGAGAUGACUAACCAAAGCAAACACAAGCAAACGGCCGGCCCAGCACUCGGGCGGAGGAAGCAUUAAGCUGCACAUCCAAUGAAGACACGCAACAAAACACAACCACAUUGGCCUGUAGACGCUGAUCGUGUUGCAAUUUUCCUAAGACAAGACUUGGACGUGAUCCCACCUAAGGGAGAGGAGCAGAUAUACCCGAAGAAUGAAUGAAAGGAAGAAAGACACGGACAUCCAAGAGAGAAACAAAUGAGAAAGGCUACUGUUAUAUGGGAGUGCUCCUUGGAUAAGACCUGACUUAAAGGACAUGGUCAGUCAAAAAUGAAAAUUUAGGCAUCAUUUACUCACCUCAUGUCACUCUAAACAACAGUUCAUAGUGAAUACGUUCAUCAAAAUGACAAAAAAAACAACAUAAAAGUGGUCCAUAUGACACAUGCAUCAUAUUCCAGGUUAUCAAAAAGCAUGCAGCAAAGGUUAUUAUUAAUUACAUUUUUUUUUUCUUAUUAUUAUAACUGAACAAAUUCACAGCUCUUGUCCAUACAACAACAACUCAUUAGACAAUUAUAACUUAAAGAUGCGAUGAAACGGAAGUGUAGCAUCAGACCUUUUCUUCCGUAUUGUGAUGUAACAUUCAAAAGUGUGAUUUUUAGACCUGGAAAAGUCAAGGAAAUUAACAAAAUAUUAAAAAGUCUUGAAAAUUUCCAUAAUGAAAACACAUUUUUAUAGUUAUAUCAAGCGCUAGAAUAUUUCAUCAGGUAGAAAUUGCUAUUUGUAAGUAAAAAUUUUUUUUAUCAUUUUAAAUAUACACUAUUAAAAACAACCCAAGUUGGGUUGAAAAUGGACAAACCCAGCAACUGAGUUGUUUUAACCCAGCGGUUGGGUUAAAUGUUUGUCCAACGUGUUGGGCAGUUUUAUUUAACUCAACUAUUGUUUAAAAAUGACUAUAUGGCUGGCUUAAAAUGAACCCAAAAUAGGCUGGAAAUUAAAAAUCAGACACAUAAUUACUACAGGCAACAAUAAUAAUCAAAAGGUGAACAUUUAUUAAUAAGCAAUUUAAUAAAUGUUUAUUGUUUAAUUAUUAUUCAUUAAACUUAUUAAUAAAUGCUAUUUUCUAACAUCGUUUGGGUUCAUUUUAAGUGAGCAACACAUUAAUUUUUAAGUAAAAGCCCAGCACAUUGAGCAAACAUUUAACCCAACCGCUGGGUUUGCCCAUUUUCAGCCCAACUUGGGUUGUUUUUAACCCAGCAUUUUUUUAGAGUGUAGUAUCACUCCUAGUUUAAAGGUUGAAACAAGCAGCAUCAAAUAUUUUCUUCUAUAUUGUGAUGUCCAUCUCAAUGUAAAAAAUGAUCAGAAAAGAAUAAAUUUAGGGCGGGACUUGAUUGUAAGCAUCAAUUGGAUUGGAUGUUGAGAUGUAGGCGUGGCUCUCAAAAGUGAGCUUGCAGGGGCGGAGUUUAAGCGCACUAAUAAUUGGAGAAUCCUGCAUACGUCACCAGGGAGAAGUCUGUCGUUUCACCGGAAGAUCUAGUUAUGACAUUUGAUUAAACAUUAUGAGGUCAAAAAUUUAAACAUGCACGGGUGAAAUGUUAAUUUCAUGGCUCUGUCCCUUGAAUAAAUCAUCGUAUGACUUCAGAAGAACAGAGUUAUCAUGUUUUAUUUAUUUUUGGAGCAUGAGAGAUGUGGUCACUAUGAACUGUAAAUGUGAGGUGAGUAAAUAAUGACAGAAUAUUCAUUUUUGGCUGAACUAUUCAUUUAAAGCUAAUGAACGAAUGAAUGUAAUGCUGUAUAAGUGUGUGUGAUGGCGUAUUUCAGGUUGCAUUAAAGACCAUGAGGGAUAUAAUCAUACGUGACUUAUAACAAAAAGAUGGCCAUUGCUGGAUGGACAGAAUUUCCAGAACUGGAAUGUAAAAGACGAUAAUGAGAAAACUCUCUCAAAGCUGCACCAAAUACAAACUAAACGACCAAAGACAAAUGGUGACCAAUGACAGUGACAACCUGAACAGCGAGGACAGCGGGAUGGACGCGGUGGGUUGCCACAAAAUGACACGAGGAGCAACGUUCCUGUUUGGAUUCCAUGUGGAAUGCUGCUACUGGGAAAUAUAACGGAGAACCAAAGUCUUAUACCAGCUUAUUAAAGGAAAAACAUUACAAAACCUUUUCUAAAUAUAAAUAUAUAAAUAUAUAUAAAUAUAUAUAAAGAUUAAUGCUGACUAAGUGAUAUUACUUUGACUGCUACUAUCAUUGUUGUUACUAUAAAAGAAUUUCACUUAUUUAUUUUAUCUCUGUGUACGGCAAAAACCUUUCCAAAGCCAGUAAACUCUACAGAAACGUGUCCGUGUUUCAAAAACA